UCCGAUAGAUCCCAAAUCCCAUCACUCAGAAUUCAAACAUCUGAAUCUAAUUUUUCUCUUAGAAGCCAUGCAUCGUUGCCAGUCACAUACCAAGAACUUUGCUAGCAAAAUCCUUAACCUCAUCCACCACCAAAAACAGGAAAAAUUUCCAAAACAGCUACAUCGGCACAGCGACGUUUUCAUUAACCAUCGAGGGAUUGACACCAAGAGAACCAUUUCUGGGUUGCUUUACAACCAUCUAGUCCGCCUUGGUCUCAACCCGUUUUUGGACACCAAGAACAUGAAGCCCGGCGACCGGCUGUUCGACAAAAUCAACCAUGCUGUUCGACACUGCAAGGUCGGGGUUGCUGUCUUUUCGCCGCAUUAUUGUGAAUCACACUUUUGUCUCCACGAGCUGGCUCUGAUGAUGGAAACUAAGAAAAAGGUCAUUCCAAUCUUUUGCGACGUGAAGCCUUCGCAGCUCCAGGUUAAGGACGACGGUUCUCGUCCUGUUGAGGAGCUACAGAGGUUCCGUUGGGCCCUUGAGGAAGCAAAAUACACUGUUGGUCUCCCAUUUGACUCAUUCGAAGGGGAUUUGUCGGAAUUCUUGAAGAUAGCUACAAAGGCAGUGAUGAAUAACUUGCUGGAAAUUGAAGAUGAAGAAGAAAACAGACGUACGGAGUAUGAUAGGCUGAGGUACAUGAGAAAAUAUAUUGAUCAAAAAAGGAUGUAGGAAUAUGUUUCUUUCUGUAUAUGUGCUCAUAAGCGUUUGAUCAGAACAACGUAGGAUGAAUACAAAAGAACU